GUUCUACGUUGCAAACAUGCACUCGUUUUGUGCUUCUGCCAGCGUGUUCAGACCGCGCGUUGGCAGCGCCAGCGGGGGCCGGGCAGUGCUGGUCCGGGCCGCAGCCGACCCCUUUGUCUCUCGGCUCCGAGGCUGCCGCCCGAGCGCGCAGAGGGGCAGCGGGCCGCGCUCCCGGAAACCUUCGGUGGGCAGCGCGGCGCGCGCGGGGGCGGGGUUCGCGCGCCUACAGUCGCCGUGGCCUUGCACCUCCCGACUCAACAGUCCGGUUAGGCCACGCCGAGGCCGCCUGGUUCGUCCCGCGGUCCCUCCCAACUUGCUGCCGGGACCCGCGCGCAGGCGGGCCCGCCCCGCUCUCAUUUCCUCCCCCGCCUAGACCAGCGAGUACGACCUUGUGUUGCUGUUUUGCCUUUGGGGCUUGAGAGAGUGGCGAGGUUUAGAAACGGCUGUGGUCGACCGCGCCACUUAUUUCCGCAGAAAUUUCGGGCCCCUUAGUGCUACGUUCACCAGCUCAAAACGGCUCCCGCCUUCCCGAAACUCCGACCCAUUGAAAAGGGCUUGCUCCUCCAUGUGACCCCAGGACAAGGGAAGGGGGAAAAGACGUCAGGCUUUCGGGCGAGCUUUCUUGGCGGAGGUGCGGGGUGGCGGGAAGACCGGUCCGAUGCGGCAGAACCGGCCAGGCCAGGACUCGCUCGCUAGGGAGCGGGAAAGGCGGGAGCGCCGGCGGGCAGGGGUCGCCCGGGCCGGCCGAGACGCCCAAGCAGACCUCGGGGACGCACCAGAGGUCGCGGCGGGGAGCCAGCGGGGGUGGGGGAGGCGGAGGGCGGCGAUCCACCUGGGCGACGUGGCAGCCAUUCCCUGUUCCCCGAGACCCCUCCCCAUUCGGCCGCCCACCCGCCCCCUCGCGGCUGGCUGCUGUGAGGCUGCUCUUCCCCGACCGGACGAAGAGCGGCAGUGUCUCCCCGCCCGGCACUCGCCGCGCGUCUCCCCCCCGCGGCCGUCGCUGCUCGCCAGCCCUGCACCGCGCCGGAGAGCGCAGUGGCGGCGGCGGGAAAGGGCUGCGGACCCGCGGCGCCGCGUCGCACACUCGACGACGCGGCCCCGGCCUCGACGCCCUCCGCCCGCUCCUGGAGCAGAUAUUUUACUUUAAAAAAUAUUUCGCCUCAUUUCUACAUGCUGAUAAUUCUCUUAUCUCCAGCCUAAAGCUCUUUCUUGAUAACUGGACUCAUUAUGUCAAGUAUCUUCAUGACUUAUUCAUUUGUUUUCUCCCGUAGGUACCUCAAAUUGAGCAGAUCCCAAACUAUAGUCAUUAUCAACCUUCCUUCUUCCAACCUCAAAACCAAAAUAUGACAGGAGUUCCAGUUGUCAAUUAGAUUCGACUGCUACCCUGGGAACUUCUAUAUGCUGCGAUUGUGGCCCCAAAAAGCAAAAAAAAAAAAAAAAAA